AUGAAAAAUCAAAUUAAUAAAUUAGAUGAUAUUCUUCUACAACAACAGCAUACAAAUGAUUAUCUGUUAGAACUAGUUAAAUUCCAUAAUAAUCUGCUUCAUGAUAAUUUAACUUCAAUCGAAAAUUUGAACCUAACAAGAAAGAAAAUUUUAGAUUGUUUUAAUGAUCUGUUUAAUUUAAAUUCUAUCAUUAUUAAUUAUCAUGGUGAUAUUAAACUAGAGAUUAAAAAUCUAAAAGAAAUUAUUAUUAAAUUUAAUAAACUAAACAAGCUAGAGAUUUUUUAUCAGAAUAAGUUAAAUCAAUGGAAAUCGUCAAAAGUUAAACAAAUACAGUCUGCAUCCUCGACAAACAACAAAAUAACAAUCAAUUGUAACUAUCAGCCUCUAUUAAAGACCUACCUAAAUCAAAUAGACCCUGAUGAAUCGACACUUUCAAAUCAAUUCAAUAGUAAUUUAUCAAUAAAUGAUGAAAAAUUAAUCUACACUAAUGAAAGCUUCACUGAAGAUGAGGAUGAUACCGGUGAUGAGGAUAAUGAUAUUGAUCACAGUAAUAAUCAUACUAAUAAUGAUGAGGACCCAUUUUUGAUUUUAUCAAAUAUUAAAUUGUUAGAGAAUUGUCAAUCAACGAUUAAAGCUGAUAUUAAUCAAUUGGAAUUUUUAUUAUCAAAUUAUAAAAAAGAUUUAAAAUUUAUUGAAAAUGAAUUAAAUUCACAAAAUUUAAAGACAAAAUAUAAUAUUACUUUAAUGCAAGAAAAGUUAGAUAAAAUCAAUAUCAAAAGGAAAAAAUUAUUAAUUAAAAUUGGCUUAUCCAAAAAUAAAAAUUUAACUUCAGUUUUAGAUAAAGAUGAAAAAAUAAUUAUUGAAAACAUUAAUGACUUCAUAAAUUCAAAAAUAAAUUCUUUAAAUGAUCAACUAUCCAAUAAAAAGGAAAAUUCGAUUGUAUUAAAUCAAAAAAUUAAUUUAUGGGAACAAGUAAUAAAUCAAUUAAAUGAUUUAGAAAAUAGUUUGAAAAUUUAUUUAUCAAAAAAUAAGAAAAAGAAAUCAAUUGAUUACAAUAUAAUGAUCGAAUGGAUAAAUGAUACAAUCAAUAAUUUAAAUGAUAUCAUAGAUUCAACAGAUAUUCAACUAUUAAGAAAUUUAAUUGAAAAUGAAAAAAAAGUUUUAGUUCAAGCUACUAAUGAAUUAAAAUUAAAUCUUACUCCGGUCAACUCCAAGAUAAACGAUUCAAUUUCAAAAAGCAUUAAUAAUAAUAACAAUACAAACAUCACCACCAACACUAGCAUAAACAACAAUAACAAUACAAAUGAAAACUCUCUAUUGGAUUCAUCACAAUUUCAAUCAUCAAAAAAUCCUUUCCCAAAUAUUGGAACGUCACCACCAAAAAUUAGUAUAUCUGAACAUAUAGCAAGUAAUAAUUCAUUCACGACCUUCCAGUUAAAUAAUACAUCUAAUGACAAAUUAAUGAAAAAUGAAUAA